UGGCGAUAGUACGGGCGGAAGAGGCGUGGGCUCGUCUUUUUGGUACCUGUCUUGGACUCGGCGGUCGAGAUGGAACUAAGUGCUGAGUCCCUACGGGAGAAGCUGCUGAGGGAACUGGAAGCGGAACACGUGGAGGUGGAGGACACGACCCCCGCCCGCUGCGCUGCCAGUUUCCGAGUCCUUGUGGUCUCCUCAAAAUUCCAGGGGAAGCCGCUACUUCAGAGACACCGGCUAGUGAACUCGUGCCUGGCAGAAGAACUGCCCCACAUCCAUGCGUUUGAGCAGAAGACCCUGACACCUGAGCAGUGGGACAAGGAGCGGCAGAAGUGAGGCACGGAGCAGGCUGAGAGGCCCUCACUUCCACAUUAAGACAUUAAAUCUCUCAUCUGCGGCUUGA